AUGGCAACUUACAAUCGACCUUCGUCGCGAGAUUAUCUCAGUGUAAAAAGUUACUUCGACGAGGAAGCGCCAGUAUCGAACCCCGAGAACUAUAUAUACUGUACAGAGGACAUAAUAACUCUCAAACCUGGAAGAGAAAACGCAUGGCUUGAUGCAGCUGUCGAGAACAUUUUGCAAAGGUUCUCCUGUAGAUUUAUACAGGUAGGUCAAUCUCUAUUGUAAGGUCGACUUCGAUUAAGAUCAAAAGCUGACAUCAAUACCGAAAGAGACUCUCUAGCUCAUCUGUGAGUACACGAAACACUCUCUUACUAUUUCCGCAUCUGAAAAUCGACGUUUAGGAGCUUCUUCGAAAAACUGACCCGAACGAAACUGGAAUCUUACUGUAUAGCCGAGGGCGAAUCAGUGUCGUGGUUUCGAUCAUAAUCUUGACAGCGAUUCUGAUACUUUUAAUCGUUCCCGUCUACAUUCUAUGGCGCUUGACCCGUGCUGUCAAGUCUGGCGAAGAGAUUGCUGUAGUUAUUGUAGUAUUGCUAGUCUUCACAUUGGUAUUCUCUGGUAUUCUGAGACUAUUGACACGAGCAAAAAGGCACGAAUUUGGCAGCCUCUGCUGCGUACAUACCAAUACCUAG